UCUGCUGGCCAGGAGCAAACCUGAAGUGAGGGAGCCAAGAGGGGAAGGCAACAUUCUCCACCUCCUCUCUUCUUCUUCUUCUGAAAAUUUCAGUUUAUUGGGUUAUCAAGCUUUUUCUUAACACCAAAAACUGAACAGCUCUGCUCUGCUUGAUUUUAUUUUUUGACUUGGCACACCUGGGUUCAAAGCGGUGACUGGCGGGUUAGACUGAGGAGCAAGUCCCAGUAAAUUGGAGCUGCCAGGGGAAGGAAACCAGGACUCUUAGGUUCUUCCAGGAUAGAAGCAGGGCCCAGUGACUUGCAAGAGCCAGAUCUGAGGACUAGAAGCUUGACUUCUCAGAUUUUGUGUCUGUCCCUGCCACUGCCAUCCUACCUUCCUUGUCUUGAGCUGGGCCUAUCUGAGCCAUGCUGGCCAUGUCUGUCUGCCUGCCACGUGAGUGCUGCCCCCUUCUUCUCAUCAGCCUGGUUUUCUGGGCUGCUUUGGCCCCCACAGCUUCUGCUUUCCCCCUGGCAAAUUCCAACCCCCUCUAUCAGUUUGGUGGGCAGGUCCGACUUUGCCACCUCUACACCGCAGAUGAGCAAACACACCUCUUCUUGGAGAUCAAGCUGGAUGGCAAAGUGGGAGGCUCCAGGCACCAGAACCCCUUCAGUCUGCUGGAGAUCAAAGCUGUAAAGUCAGGCAUUGUUCGCAUCCAGGCCAAGAAAACCUCUCAGUUUCUCUGCAUGAAGCCCAAUGGACAACUCUAUGGCUCAUUAGUUUACCUUGGAGAGGCAUGCAACUUCCGCGAAACUGUUCUCCAAGAUGGCUACAACCUCUACUACUCCGAACUCCACAACCUUCCUCUUAGCCUCAGCUCAACAGGGACUCUGUCUAGGAGCCGCCAGCUGCCCCCCUUCUCCCAGUUCCUGCCCAUCCGCAACCGGAUUCCCGUGGAACCUGCAUUUGUGGACUACAACUUCUAUGAACAGGAACUUGAUGUCGAAUCAGCCGACCCCUUGGGAAUGAUGGACCAAAACCGUGGUUUCAUUAGCCCAAGUUAUGUCUUUUGAUUGCCCAGCACACCUGAUUUUUCAGGAGGGGAGCGUAAUUUCAGAUUUUGAAAGAAAGACUUGUGUGGAGCUUGAACAUCUUGAGUUCUUUUGUAGUAAAGAGUGAGAAAAUAAAUGCAAUGUUUGGGGGAGGGGGAGAAAGAAUUCAUUUAUUGUGCUCUGAGCAGACUUCAAAGUGUUUAAUAUAAUUAUUGUGUAUUAUGGGCUUCUGCAUCCCAAUGUUGCCAUGAUACAUGUAAAUGAUGCACUUAAGAGACACAUAAGGAAGAUUCACCGAUCAUAGCAGUGAAACUCUGGUUUCAUUGGACUGAGUUGCUUUUCUUUUUCAU